AGCUUGCUCUCUGUCGGCCUUGUGGUUCUAUCGUCUGUCCACGCACAGCAAGUAUGGGACGUUACUGUUGGUGGCCCCAAUGGAGAGACAGUCUUCAACCCCACAACCGUCAAUGCCAAGGAGGGCGAUCAAAUUGUAUUCCACUUCAACCCAAAGAAUCAUACGGUCACGCAGUCAACCUUUGCGCAACCGUGCAGCAAAAUGGACGGUGGAUUCGACUCGAACUUCUUUCCCGUUGCUGUUGGGACGUCCGAUCUGCCAACCUACAAUGUGACGGUCAACAGUACCACCCCGAUUUGGGUCUACUGUCGUCAAGGAGCGGGGACUCCGAAUAGUCAUUGCGGUUUAGGAAUGGUUUUUGCCGCCAAUCCCGGAGGCGACGGCGCUGCGAAUUCGUUUGUCAACUUCCAGAACGCUGCCAAAGCUCAAGGCGCAUCUUCAGCCUCCACGGCGGCCAGCUCAACUGCAUAUGCGUCAACCAGUCCGGCAACGACUUACACUGCGGCAUACGGCACUGCAACUGUCCCACCCCCUCCUGAAAUCGUAACUGUCACUGAGACUAUCACCGUCGAGGGUUCAUCUUGGACCACGACAUAUGGAUCUUACCCUGGCUCUCCUGACGCUACUCCGGCAUCCCUUCAAGGAAACGUUCACAAGGUCAUUGUCGGUGGUACUAACCUGACAUUCGACCCCCCCUUCGUCUCUGCCUCUCCCCGGGACACCAUUGUCUUUGAAUUCCAUCAGAAAAAUCACACUGCAACGCAGUCUACGUUCGAUGCGCCUUGCAAGAAGAUGGACGGUGGCUUUGAUUCUGCCUUUGACUUUGCUGUUGCUGCUAACGCAUCUAGUUUCCCUACGUUUAACGUCACCGUCAAUGACACUGCACCGAUAUGGGUCUAUUGCCGCCAGACAAACCCGGCUGAUCAUUGUGGUGCUGGCAUGGUCUUCGCUGUGAAUAGUGUGGAGAGUUCGCAGCGCAAUUUCGCCGCCUUUCAAGCUCUAGCAGAAAAACUCAAUGGCACCAGCUCUAGUGGCACUGGUUCUUCGUCGGCCAGCGCUCCAUCA